AUGGCGACUUUCAGCCUCAGUCAGACUCUACUUCUUGUUCUUUCGGCCGUUGGCACUGUCUCUGCUGGUGUCGACAACUGGAUUAGUCCGCAGUACAAGUGGAAAUAUCAGUUCCCUUUGCCCAUUCCUCCUGUGAAGGCACCGUCAAAAACCAUCGUAAACCCCGUGACGGGAAAGAACAUCCUCUACUAUGAGGUUGAGAUCAAGGAGUUCAAGUCCCAGGUCUACCCCGAUAGUGGUCAGGCGACGCUUUGGGGAUACGAUGGCAUCUCACCGGGUCCGACGUUCAUGAUGGAGAGAGGAACAGAGAGUGUGGUGAGGUUUGUCAACAAUGGAAGGUUGGCAAACUCGGUGCAUCUUCAUGGGUCUUUUUCGAGAGCUCCAUUCGACGGAUGGGCAGAAGACAUUACCCCUCCGGGCUGGUAUAAGGACUACUACUAUCCCAACAGCCAAGCUGCACGAACACUGUGGUAUCAUGACCAUGCCAUUGAUCAUACCGCAGAAAACGCCUACUACGGCCAAGCAGGCGCCUACAUCCUGCAUGACCCAGCAGAAGACAGCCUCAACCUCCCCUCCGGCUACGGCCAGUAUGACAUCCCCCUAAUUCUCUCCGCCAAACAAUACAACUCCGACGGCUCCCUCUUCUCCCCGGCAGCCGAAACCACCUCUCUCUACGGGGACGUGAUCCACGUCAACGGCCAGCCGUGGCCCUACCUCAAAGUCGAACCGCGCAAAUACCGCUUCCGCAUCCUCGACGCCUCCAUCUCCCGCUCUUUCCUCCUCUACCUCGAGCGCGACACCAAGACCGGUACUAAAAUCCCCUUCGACGUCAUCGCCUCCGACGCCGGUCUCCUUACGGGCCCUCAAAGGGUGAACGAAAUGUACAUCUCCAUGGCCGAGCGGUACGAGGUUAUCAUCGACUUUGCGCAGUACAAGGGAGAAAACGUUACGUUGCGAAACUCGCGGGACGUGGGGGCUGAUAAAGAUUACCCUGAUACCGACAAGGUCAUGAAAUUUGUUGUUUCUUCGACAUCAGUGAACGACCCGUCGAGCUUACCGAGCAGUUUAAGGAAUGUCCCCUUCCCGCCCACCAAGGCAACAGUAGACCAACACUUCAAAUUCGAGCGCAACAACGGGGAAUGGAAAAUCAACGGUGUAUCCUUCGCUGACGUCCAAAACCGCGUCUUAGCAAAACCCAAACGGGGGACAGUGGAAGUCUGGGAACUGGAAAAUUCUUCAGGGGGAUGGACGCAUCCGAUCCAUAUCCACCUCGUUGAUUUCCGCAUCAAGAAGCGGGUAAACGGCAAGCGCUCAGUCUUACCUUACGAAGCCCAGGGUUUAAAAGAUGUCGUCUGGCUUGGACCCGGAGAGACGGUCACGGUGGAAGCGUAUUACGCGCCGUGGGACGGGGUGUACAUGUUCCAUUGCCACAAUCUGAUUCAUGAGGAUCACGAGAUGAUGGCUGCGUUUAAUGUUAGCGUGUUGGAAGAUCUGGGGUAUGAUGAGACGCAUUAUAUUGAUCCGAUGGAGGAAAGGUGGAGGGCGAAGCAGCAGGUUAUCUCUGCUUUCGAUGACAGCGCUGUGGAAGCGAGAGUUAAGGAGAUGGCGGGGUAUAGACCAUAUGAUAAGGUUGAUGAGGUGGAGAGUGUUUUGGGGGAGUAUUGGGAGACUAAGACUAAGACGAAGAGUGUGGCUGCGACGACAAGUGAGGUGGUGGUGGCGCCGACUGUGGUGCCAACGACUCAGGUGGUGGUGCCGACGGUAAUUAUAACUAUCCCGACGACGUUUGUGACGGCCGUUCCUACUAGUACUGGGGCUGGAGGGUUCACGACGUCGUUCAAAACUAGUACCACGUCUUUCAAGAGCUCGAAGACUAGCAGUUCUUCGACGAAGACUUCGUCGACUAGUACGAAGAAGAAGGAGAAAGAUUAG